AUGAUGAAGGUGACCGAGAACGACCUCAGUCUCCGAUUCCUUCGCCUUUGGCUGAAGACCUCGGCGCUACGGACUUGGGAUCUUUCGAUCAGCAGCGGCUCUGCGACAGACGAAGAUCGCUCAGACGAUGAUGACUUCGAAGAUACCGCUUCUAAUCCUUUCGCCAAUUGGUGCUCGAAGAAACCGGAAAGUUUGAGUUUAGAUAACGAAACUACGAGCUCAAAGAGAAGGAUUCUUUCUAUAAUUGGCGAUCAAAAACUGCACUUGUGGGGCAUUUACAAAGAAAGAGUUGAGCCGCUGACCAAGUUGCUCCAUUUGCCGUCGCUGGAGCAGGCAGUGACCGGGCAUCGCUUGGUGGACUUCGAAGACGGCACCCGUUGUAUCAUGCUGUCAAUCUACUACGGCGCGGUAACAAGUCUGGGCGAAGAAGAGUGCGGCCAGCUCUUUCAAAGCAGACAAGCCCUGGUCCUGUCCGUCCUGCGGGACGAGGUAGAAGCAAUGCUUUCGAAGGCCAUGCUGAUCCACACCGGGGAUAUCCAACCGUUGCAGGCAUUAGUAUUGUACCUCAUCUUCCUGCGACAUCAUGAACCUCGGCUCUCCUGGAACCUUUCGGGGUUGGCCGUUAGACUUGCUCAGAAUUUCGGCAUUCAUAGGGAGGGCAGUCUGUUCGGACUCUCAACAUUCGACAUCGAAAUGCGACGCCGCCUUUGGUGGCAAAUUGCAGUUCUGGACGCUCCAUCGGCCGAGGACUAUUCGGGUGAAUACAAUUUACUCGAGAUGAGUAGUUUCGAUAGCCAGCCACCGCGGAAUCUCAACGACAUACAGCUGUAUCCGGCAAUGCUCGAGUAUCCAUCCGAAACUAGAGGCAUCACGGAGAUGACGUUUACAUUAGCCCGAUGCCAAAUCACGAGCAUGUACCGUUGCAUGGCGGACUCGAGAAGGCACUGUGAAAACAUGAGCAAGAGCUAUGCCGAAAUGUCACAGCAAGAGCGCAACGAUUGGAUCGACUUUUGUGAGCAAGAGUUUUCUCAAAAGUUCCUUCAAAAUUACUCGGCGACAAACGCUCUGCAUUGGGUUACCAUGGUCCUGACGAGAAUGCUAUUUCACAAAGUUAGGCUGCAUGGCAUCAACCCACAUGUGGACUCGAAAGAUAUAACAGAGCCAACCCGCAAGCGAUUAUUCGCCGUCGCUGUCGAAGUCAUAGAACUCAACUGCAAACUUCGGACUGAUCCCCGAACGCGUCCUUGGCUUUGGCUUUUCAGCUCCUACACUCAGUGGCAUGCAUUCUCUCUGGUCCUUCACUGGCUUCGAACGGACCCUCUUUGCAAGGGAUCCCGGCGAGCAUGGCAGGCAAUUGAAAAAGCCACCGUGUUGAGGUGGGAGCAUCCUCCCUCAUUGUUGAGCGGUCAAAAGCCGCAACAAUGGCGGUCUGUUCUCAGACAGCUGGGAAAGGCAAGAUCUGCUCGACAAGAGGCUUUGGAUACAAGAGGAAGAAGGGGUUCACGUACGGCUUCAGAAAAGACUGGGCAACCCUCGGCAUUUUCACUAGCAUCGACAACAUCUCAUGCUCCAUCCUCUUCAGGCAGUUCGCUUCCGAAGCCUUCCCAUUCCUAUGAUUCCUUGCUCUCAAGCAGCUCCCGGCAUCAACACCAAGUUCAGACCCCGGAGGUGGUCCGAACAAAUGCUCCGGGUCCUUUAACACCUCCCAUCACCACUACGGACGUCUCUCUGCAACGGGAUCUGAGAACGCCAGAACAAGGAAAUUCACAGAACACACACAGCGUCAACGGCUAUCAGUUUGACGAGAUUGGUGGUGUGUUGCCGCACCCGGACCUGAUGAUGAUCGAUGAAACGACGUUCUCGGCCGAAGAAUUUCAGGAUCUUCAGGGCUUUUCUUUUCUUGAAAACUAUUCUCUGGAUUAA